UCUUAAGUGCGAAGUUCUAUUGCAGCAUUUUCUUUAGAAAAGGUGAUAUUUCAAGAAGAACGUACGAAAUCAGGUUGGGAAACGUUUCAGAGGAGCAGUUCUUAAGUGGAACUGCUUCUGCUUAAGAACUUUUUCCUUAAUGAUUUUUUUUCAUUAAUGGUUUGGUGUUUAUUAUUCACCAGUUUGAAUUUUUUUAUAUUUAUUUAAAAACCUUUGGAAGCUUAGAGACAUUUCUGGCAGUUCUUGCCCUUUGUUAUCUCAGAGCUGUGUUUCUUGAUUCCUAGCACAUGAACUUCUUUACUGAUCUCUCACAGACACUCAUGUUACUCCUGAUAACUUCUUGGUUUGUGGUAGUUACAUGGUUAGCUGAAGUUCUGUAGCUGCUUGCUGUUUUUCAGAGUCCUGUUGUGCUUUCCUUACACUCAGCUCACUGCAGCUUUGAAGGACUUGAAGUUUUUCACUGGGGUCUAGGGUAAAGAAAAAGGCUUGUGCGUCCAUGAGUUCCAGGAUGCUCUUGUCUGAGAUCCUACCAGCUUGAGAGGGACAUCACUAGAUUGCCAAGGAAUACACCUCUGUGGCAAGAAAGCUGCCUUGGUUUCUGUCGUUAAAGAAUAUUCAGAACUGUAUAUGAUCAAGCAGUUUGGUUUUUUUAAUACUCUUGUUGGGAAGGAUAAAUCUGUAUUUGACUCCCAAUAUUCUGACAGAACAAAUAUUGGCAUGAUUGGAUAGGAAUAGUGUGCAUCUGGAGUGGGUCUUUGUUGUGAAUUAUCAAAGCAGGAGUAGAUUGAUUUGUUACUUUAUACCUGGAGUUGCAGAAGAUGAUAAGGGGUGAACUUCAUUUUUGCUACAGACUUUUUACUUCAAUGUUUAAGUGCUUGUUAAAAACUCCUCACUACCUGUUCAAUUGAUAUACUCCUCAAGUGGAUUCUUGCUUUAUUUUUUUUCUGCUUCAUUUCUAACCAUGAUAUUUUAUUUUGUAUGUAAGCACUCAUACCUUCACAAAGCAGCAUCCAGUUAUUUGUGAUCAGUUGUGUUUUAUUGAUGAGCUGGAACAAUAUUAUCAAGGCUGAAGUUCUUUUCUAAGCAGUAAGAUUCUGCUGAUGUGUCUGGUUGGUGCAUUUCUUCAUCUGGGAUGACUUGAAAUAAUUUCUUCAUGUGCAUCCAAAGUUUUUUCCAAAAUUACCAUUUUAAUUUUUGAUGAUGUGGGAUAACUGGGUUGUACUUAUUUUCGUAGACCAGCCAAGAAAUGGGAUAGUGCUGCUACUCAUUAUUUUCAAAACCUUCUCAAAGGUAAGUGAAACAUCCUGCCAAAGUCUGAAUUGUCAUUUCUAUUUUGGGAAAAAUAAACUGUUAAAGAAGUGUGGUAAUUGUGUUUAUGUAUUUGCUAUUAUUUAAGAAAGUUGUAUGUUAAAGAUAAGGGAGUUACAUAAGGGGUUUUUGUAUAGACUGUCGAAGGCAAAAAUUGUGGAGCUGCAUCUUGAGUACUGAGGGUUUCCAUGCUGCAUAAACUUCAUGGCUGACUAGACAGUGCUUGGCACUUGGGUGAGCUAAGUACAGUAGCACUUACGUAACAUUUGGUUUGAACAGGGGAGCCUUCCUGUAUGUUUAGCUUAAAUCUUUGAAUCGGCUUCACAGCUGUAUUAUUGUAGUUUUACACAAAGGUGGCAAGAUCUGGCUUAAGAGUCUACCCUUCCCGUUGUUUUUUGGCAAGGAUGUAAGCACUGGCUCCACAGAGGGAUCUCUUUGUUCUAGUUGUGAACUCCUUGGAGCUCUAUCUAUUUAUUAUUUUGUAAGCCAGAACUUUUUUUUUUCCAGUCUGGUCUUGUCCUUUCCCACAUCUGGUGUGUCAGUAGGUCAUCUAGUCUUUUUCGUGUCAAGCCUUCUGUUUUGGUAUGAGACAGCUUUUGUUCUUAGAAGAGAAGCAACUCUUUACUGACAUUAUCUGAUCUUGCUUAUGUGCUUCUAUCUGAAAAUCUGCCUAACUGCUUACUCACAAGUAUAACAAAAAGGUAUAAAAGGUAUCUGAGGAGGAGAGUAUGAGUUUAUGAAAGCAUUGAAGGCUCUUUAGGCUUAUAAUUUUGCACUCUUAGUACUUGUCACAAUUGACUCCCCUCCCCAAGUGUCACUGUGCACAGUAAAGGUUGGUAGGAAGUAAUAAUAUCAAAUGCAAUUGCAUAGCUAUUUUCAGACUGCACCUUACCUUCUUUUAAUUGCUUGCACUUCAUUAGUGUAUGCAGUAGUGCUUCAGAACUUGAAAAUGGACUUUUAUCAGCUAUGUUUGCUUGAAUGAAAAGCCUAACUACACUAUACACAUGACUUCUUCCAAGAAAAUUAAAUGUCGAGUUGGGAAAGUAGGCAUUUGUACUGGAGAUUGUCAGAAACUAAAAGAUAAAGCAAGACUUUACUGUAGAACUAAGACUAGUUUGUUCCAACUUUGGUUUUGUAAGUUGAAGUUUUAAUUGCCUUGUUACUCUCUUCUUUCAUUUUUAAGUUAUUACAUUUGUACUAGCUUCUCUAAAGAAACCUUACCCAUAUAAUUGUGAUUUCUAUUUUUGUCUGUCUCUGAAAGUGCAAGUGAAAAAUACUGACAAUUUAGUAAAGGUUUCAUCUUGUCCUUGUGUUUAUUACUGUGUUUAGCAGCGACCCACAUGAGAGCUAGGUUGUGUGCCCUAGAAGAUAAUACGUUUGAUGUGUUUCUUUAUGUGACGAUAAAAGAUGAAAAGGAAGCUGAAGAGAAUACAGCAAGUUCUCCAGAUCAUCAGCAGAACCGAAUGUCACUAAAUAUUAAGUCUCAUCCAGUGACAAUUGCUAAUCCUGCGCUUGCUUCCAGGCCAGUGCUGUCACAGGAGAAGGGAUCAACAAGUCUUGAAACAGGUCUUACUGUUUGCAGUUCCUGCCCCAAAGAGACUGACCGGAGGUCGGGCACAGAUCUAAAGGAAAAUACUGAGCCUAUUGUCAACGUGAUUCCAGGUUCACCUGUCAGGGAAGAUGCAGUAGUUCGUAUGGACAGGCCUCAGGAAUUCUUGAAUUCUGAUCCCCUGAAGACACAUAUCAUUGAAGACGACCAACAGAGUUUUCAGAAUCUUAGUGAAGAAAGAAAUUUUAUUUUUCUUAGCAACAAAAUUGAACCGUCCUCAAGUCUGGAAACAGCACCACUGUAUGAUGAUCUGAAAAAGGAACUUACUCGGAAACUGUUUCUGGGCCCAAGCUUCACACAAUCAUACUGUUGGCCACCAAUAGCUCAAGGAUGUGAUGUAGUCACUGUCUCCUAUCAGGGAAAUGAUCCUCUCUUAUAUAUUCCACCAAUUCUUACAGUUUUGCAGUUGGGAAGUUGCUACAAAGCCUUGCCGAAAAGGAAUGGGCCACUUGUGCUCAUCUUGUGUCCUGGGUGGAAGAAGGCACAACUUGUUUUUGAGCUACUGAAAGGAUUUGGGAGAUGCAGCAGACAGCUUCAUCCAAUGUUGAUCAUGCUUGGCCGGAACAAAGAAGAAGCUGGAAGAGUGAAAAUCCAAGGAUGUGAAAUAAUCGUGACUACGCCAUACAGCUUCUUGAGACUGUUUGAACAUCGCAGUACGUUAUUUUGUAGACUUUGCCAUCUUGUUCUUGAUGAGGUUGAGGUGCUGCUCUCCGAGGCUACUGAGCAGGUUUUUACUAUCUUAAAUUGUUACAAGAAAGCUGUUACUUCUGAAGAAUGGAAGUGUUCACCACAGCAGAUUAUUGCUGUUGGAACUCAUUGGAAUAAACAUAUAGUGAACUUGAUAAAGCAGUUCAUGAAUGAUCCUUACAUUGUGAUAACAUCUGUGGAAGAAGCUUCUAUCUAUGGAAAUGUGCAGCAGGUUGUGCAGCCUUGCAUGAGCAGUGAGAGAACUGCCGUGUUAGUCAGAACACUGGAUGUGACCCACAGUAGCCUUCAGAAGGUGCUGGUGUUCACUGACUCAGUAAAUGAAGCGGAAAUGGUUCAUGAGGCACUGGAGAGCAACUCGAUAUUUUCCUUGAAAAUACAUACAGAGAGCAAGCUGAAUUUGAAGUGUAUCUUAGGGCAGUGGAAAGAAAAGUGCAGUGCUGGCACUCGGGUCGUGUUAGUUUUAACAGAUGACUGCAUGCAGCCUUUGGGAAUCACAGAUGCUACUUGUGUGAUACAUUUCAGCUUUUCUUCUCCAAGAAUCUUUGGUCAUCGUCUGCGCAGCAUGUCUGACAACUUCUGUAAUGUCAUAAAGGAUUCUUCUGUAGAUCAGGAAUACACAAAGGCAAGGUCAGUCCUCCUGCUAGCAGAAAGCAGUGCCUGUCAUGCACUUGAGAUCCUACGCUAUCUGCAGCAUGCGAAAGCUGAAAUUCCACCAGAACUGUGUGAUAUCACUGCCAAGGCGCUGGAAGCUGAAGAAGAUCAGAAACUUUCAAGGCCCCUCUGUGCCUAUCUUAAAACAUUUGGGAUUUGCAAGAAUAGAACGGUGUGUCCAGAUCGUCAUCAUAUCAAUGUACAAAUGGAUGUGCCCCAGAAUGUGCCAGAUAAAAUGCUGCAAAUGCCUGGAUAUGUGACAAUAGUGCCUCUCCACAUUGUAAAUGCAACAAACUACUUCGGACGAAUUGUAGAUAAAGAAAAGGACCAAUAUGAAAUUCUUUCUGAAGAAAUGAAUGAGUAUUUCAAGGAACCUGAUAAUAAAAUCUCUGUUAGAAAUGUGGAGAAGCUGGCGGUUUAUGGAUUAUGUGAGAAAACACUUUUUCACAGGGUUCAGGUGGUAGAGAUUCCCCCAAAAGAGGAGGAAAAUGUGUUCUUCAGUAUCAAAAUUAAAUACAUUGAUGAAGGCAGAAUGAGCCAAGCGCAGAGCUAUCAGCUGCUUCACUUGCCUGCAAGAUUCCAGCAUCUGCCACCUCAGGCUGUGGAAUUCAUCGUUUGUAGGGUGAAACCUCUGGAUAAUGAAAUGGAAUGGAACCCAGAGGUAACUGAUUAUAUUCAUCACAAAAUUAAAGGAAAACUACAUGAAGCAAAAGUAGUGCAUACCUUGGGAAAUACAGCUUGGGUUGACCCGAUGGUCCGGGUCAGCAGGCUGUCAGGUUUGAAGGUGUCUAUCAAUGAGUACAAUGUUCGAUCAGAGAUUCUGUCUACGGGUCUGGGAACUGACAAUCCAGAGCACAUCCCACAGCUGCAAGAGUUGUGCAGGCAUGUGAAGGUGGUGGAUGAUGCAGAGAACACAGAACCUUUAAGCAUAGAGGAGAAUACAGCUGGGCCAGAGAACGCAUCCAGUCCAGAGAAUCCAUCAGUACAAGAAAAUCCUGCUGAAAACUGCGGUUCUUCUGAAAUUCCUACUGGGACUCAGCCAUGCGGUGGUGUAGCUCAGACUGAGGAAACAAAGGACUCUACCUUGGAUCAGCAGAAAUGCUUUUAUCCAGAAAUGAAGUGGUUUGAAAAUGAAGAGACUGUUACAGUGAGGGUGAAAAUAGCAAAUGCGUCUGACUGUAAAUGUGAGUUUGCUAAAGAGAAGAUGGUUUUCAGUGCUUGUUCAGGAGGCAAACUGUAUCUGGCUGACCUGGAGCUGCAUCGGUGUAUACUUGCAGAAAAGUCUAUGUAUGUCGUGAAGGAUGAAGAGGUGGUUAUUGUUCUUGUGAAGGAGGAGAAAGGAGCGUGGUGCAAACUACUGAAGAACAAGAAUACACACUUGUCUUUUGAUUUUGAACACUGGGAAGAUUUGGAAGAUGAAGGUCCUUUUCCAGUUGGUAUUAAAAAACUGCAUUGCACUUCUGCAGUAACUGAAGAGUGUGUUGACUCCUCAGAAGAAAGUGGUACAGAAAGUGAUGAGUAGUUUGGAGAUGGAUCUUCUUCCUCUGACAAGAAUUACGCCUCAAUACUGUCUCUUGCAUGAGUAUUUCCACUCAGUUGAUAAAACUAAACAUAGGUUGCAGAACUCCCCUUAGUUUUUGGGGGCAGAUAGUGAACAAACUCCUUACUUGGGUCUAAGAAGGUGAAGAUAUACUCCAGAGAAGGACAUUGUGUGUGUUCAAUGCGUCACCUGAAUUGUUGGCUUUAAGGAUGAUGUGCACGUGUGUACUGUCCAAACAGGAACAUAUAAAGAUCAAGCUUGGGUUGUGAAGCUGUUGGAUUUUUUAGUAACUACAGAGCUUUGGGGUUACUUUAUCUGAGGGAAUUGGCUGUGUUAGCAAUAGUUACUUUGGAAGUUUCACGAAUCCUGAUGAUCUUUCAAUUGUUUCUACAGUAUCCCUGGGUUUUGUUUGGUUUUUUUUUUUCCCAUUGUUGGGUUUGUGUGCAUCCAGAAUGUCUUGCAGUGAAGUAGUAAUGUAAAAGAUAUUCCUAAUAAAUGAAUCUGGUAUUGAUCUCUCUGCAUCUGUAGAUCUUGAAGCACAUUGGCCUCCCCAGUGUAACUCUGUGGGGAUUUAGAAUAAAGACUGCAUUUCACAAAAUGUUAUGCCUAAAAUUUUGUUGUCUUCUUGACUAGGAAGAAUAUGCUUGUUUGGGGGUUGUUCUUCAAGAAACAUUGGGAUGCCCUUACUUCUGGAAUGGGAGGAGACCUUAUUAAUGUUUCCACUGACACUUUCUAGUGUUGGCAUAUAACGAAGCUGCUUCUUCCUGGCUGAGAAUACUGGUGAUGCUGCUGGAACACCACGUGAGCCAAAACAGUUGUAACUGUUCACGUGUGGUUAAAAAAUGAGUGCUGUUGGUAACCUGGCUACAACUGAGCUUGAUUACAGCCUUCUCCAGAGUACAGCCACUGCUGCUUGAUGAGGAUUACACGACCGAGCUCGGUGCGUUUCAAUCACAUCACAUACAGCGGGAUCAGAAGGAUGCCUGUAUCUCUGUGUGUAGAUACAUCCAGAUGUAGGUAAGUUUUUCUAUCCUUCAAGGACUUCCAUUCGCACUAUUUGGGAAGGGAGCUUACCUGCCUGCAGUAAAACAGGUCCCAUUAGCAGAUCCGAUUGUAGAAAAAACCACAAAGAGAGGAACUAUCCAGGAGGCCGGAUAAAGGACUCUGUCUCCAAAUGUCUGGGAUAGGGGAUGAAACGGAAUCAUUUUUGUCAU